AUGAAUCUUCUACCUGAUGAUGAAUGCGAUGCAUUUUUAGCAGCAUUAAAAGAACCAUUACCAGUUACUUUUCGUGUAACAGGUUUUCGUACGCAUACUUUUGCUAUAAUGCAUCUAAUUCGCGAACGAUAUUUUCAACCAUUUGAAUCAUCGACAACAAUUGAUAAACCAAAAGAACUUGUCUGGUAUCCAGGUAGUUUAGCAUGGCAAUUAAAUCUUAGUCGAAAUCAAUUACGUAGUUCUACAGAAUUACAAAAACUUAAAGAAUUUCUUUAUGAACAAACUGAACAUGGAAAUAUCAGUCGUCAAGAAGCUGUAUCGAUGAUUCCACCUUUGGUUCUUGAUAUUCAACCUCAUCAUAAAAUCUUAGAUAUGUGUGCAGCACCUGCUUCGAAAACUGCUCAAAUAAUUGAAUGUCUUCAUCGUGAUGAAUCAAAUCCAAUCCCAAGUGGUUUUGUUAUUGCUAAUGAUGUUGAUAAUAAACGAUGCUAUACACUUGUUCAUCAAGUUAAACGAUUAGAAAGUCCAUGUUUUGCUAUUAUGAAUCAUGAUGCAUCAAAUUUACCGAAUUUAAAAACUAAUGAUGGAAAUAUAUUAUUUGAUCGUAUUCUAUGUGAUGUUCCAUGUUCUGGUGAUGGAACACUUCGAAAAAAUCCUGAUCUAUGGAAAAAAUGGAAUCCUGGACAUGCAUCUAGUUUACAAUCAAUACAAUUACGUAUUGAAACACGUGGUAUACAACUUCUUGCACCCGGUGGUCUUAUGGUUUAUUCAACAUGUUCAAUGAAUCCUAUUGAAAAUAAAGCUGUUGUUAGUCAAUUAUUACAAACAUUUCAAGGUCAAAUUUCACUUAUGAAUAUUAAUGAUAAAUUACCAGGUUUACGAAAUAUACCUGGCUUAAAAAAAGUACCAAAAAAUAUGCAAUCAUUAGUUCGACCAAAUAUGUUUUCACCUUCAAAUGAUAUUCUAGAACAAUUACAUCUUGAACAAUGUAUUCGUCUACUACCACAUCAUCAAGAUACAGGUGCUUUUUUUGUUGCUCUCUUUCGAAAAAUUGACAAAACUCUUGAUUCAUCAUUAUCAAUUCAAGAAGAAACAUCUCAAAAACGUUCAGCAGAAGAAAAUGUAUUCAAUGAAGAUGGAGCUAAUUUCAAACGUGCUCGAUAUCAUCGUGAAAAUCCAUUUAUUUUCUUUGAAGAAAAAGAUAUAAAGCGAUUUUGGCAAGAUAUUAGUGAAUUCUUUGGUGUUGAUUCAUCAUUUCCAGUCGAUCAAUUAAUGACAAGAAUUGCAAGUGAUAGUGGUCGAAAUAUUUAUUUCGUAUCUGAUAGUCUUAAAGAAAUUGUUACAUUAAAUCAAGAUCGUAUUGAAGAUACGAUAGAUGAGAAAUUUAAUAAAUUUGAUAAAUAUAUUGAAAAUUCAAUUUCUAUUGAUGAUGAUAAUUUAUUUAAUAAAUAA